AUGGUCAGGCUGAAGUCCAACCGUGAAAUUAAGUUGAUUUUGAAGAAGGUGGUAAAGCCUUCGCGAAAAGAUUGGCCAACAAAGUUGGAUGAUGCGUUGUGGGCAUACCGAACUACCUAUAAAACACUGAUAGGCAUGUCUCCGUAUGCGUUGGUAUUUGGUAAAGCAUGUCAUUUUCCAUUGGAGCUGGAGCAUAAAGUGUUGUGGGCGGUGAAGAAGCUUAACUUGGAUUUAAAAGCAGUAGGGGAAGCAAGAAAGCUACAACUGGUCAAGCUAGAUGAGUGGAGAAUGCAAGCUUAUGAAAAUGCCGAAAUAUACAAAGAACGAGAAAAACGUUGA